AUGCCCGACGAAGAAGUUGACGUUCUUAUCUGCGGUAGCGGGUCAGCGGGCCUCUGCGCAGCGGUCUGGCUAGCUCGUUGCGGGGUCAAAUUCAAGAUCCUCGAGCGCCGGGAGGGUCCGCUCCAGCAAGGCCAAGCCGACGGCGUGCAGUGCCGGACAGUAGAGAUUAUGGAGAGUCUGGGGUUAUCGGAGGAUUUGUUGAAAGAAGCGUAUCAUGUCCUGGAGCUCGCGUUUUGGACUCCGGAUGGCAACGGCGGGAUCCGGAGAUCCCACCUGGAGCCGGACACGGAGCCGGGGCUGAACAUCAAACGCGUAUCUGGGCAGUCUCACAUCCAGUAUGGCAGCGACGUCCAGAGUGUCGAGGUAGACAGCCAGUUGGCCAGCGAUCGAAAGGCUCAUUGCGUGACAGUCAAGGCGGUGGAAAACGGUGUUGAGCGCACGUAUCGAGCGAAAUAUGCCCUGGGUUGCGACGGUGCCCACAGCUCCGUCAGAAAAUCACUGGGGUUCAAGAUGGUGGGGGAUAGCACCGACGCCGUCUGGGCCGUGAUGGACGUCUUUGCCAAAACAGACUUCCCCGACAUCCGCAAGAAGUGCGUGCUGCAGUCUCCCGCAGGCAACCUCGUGAUUAUCCCACGAGAAGGAGACGAGAAGGUCCGAUUCUACAUGGAAAUGCCUGGUUGGGCGGCAAGCGACGUCAAACCCGACAAGGUCAAGCACCGGGUUGACCAGAUAUUCAGCCCGUAUACGGUGGACAUUGUAGAGACCUCGUGGUUCUCUGCAUAUUCUAUCGGCCAACGCCUCGCAGACAACUUCACCAAAGAUCACCGUGUGUUCCUAACUGGAGACGCAUGUCACACCCAUUCGCCAAAAGCCGGCCAGGGUAUGAACGUGAGUCUUCAGGAUGGGUACAAUAUUGGAUGGAAGCUCGCGGCUGUGAUAAAAAUGGAGAACGACCCCGCGAUAUUGGAGACAUAUGUCUCCGAGCGGCAAGAAACCGCCAACGACUUGAUUGAGUUCGAUCGCCACUUCACCAACCUAUUUUCAUCCUCGUAUCGGAAAGAACACGGUGUCACUGCGGAAGACUUUCAGGACUAUUUUAUCAAAUCAGGGAGGUACACUGCCGGGCUCGCAAUAGAGUACAAGCCCUCAAUUCUGAUUCGGCCAAGCGAGGCUGAUAAGCUGGCAUCGGGUGUGCGUGUGGGGAUGAGAUUCCCAAGCGCGCAAGUAGUCCGCGUUUUUGAUGCUCGAGUUACGCAACUGGCCAGGGCCUUGCAGUCCGAUUCUCGGUGGCACGUGGUUGUUUUUGGUGGAGAUAUCAAUAAUGCAGAAGCUGAGGCUCGUCUAUCACAGGCUAUCUCAGGCCUAGCUGCUGCUCUAGGAACUUUGGUGUCCAAGGAUUUCAAUGUUCACAGCCGCUUUCACCCAAUAUUGUUGCUCAAGUCUGACCGGAAAGUCCUGGAUGAGAGGAAGAUCCCUAGCUUCUUCACACCCAGCACAGGACAUAGAGGAGUGCGAAAAGGGGUUCCAUGUCUAGAUGUCCAAGAUAUUUUCGUUGAUGACCACAGCUAUCAUGCUGGUCAUGGUGAAGCCUAUGCCAAAUACGGCGUCGAUCCUGCAGUUGGGGCCGUGACCCUCGUGCGUCCAGACCAAUACGUCUCUUUGAUAUGCCCAUUGGGGCGGCCAAAUGACAUCGUCAAAUUUUUUAUGGACCCUACUGUUCCCUCAAAAGAUUGA